CGGCCGCGGUCGGUGUGAGCAGGAGGAAGACCGGCGCGGGUUACUGGCAGCGCCCACGGAACGCGAUGCGCAACCCCAGUAGUACCUGAAGGAGAAUCUCCAUGGCGACGGUGGGAGUUUGGGAAGGUUCCUCGGCUUUCUCGUCCACCGGCAGUGGUGGUGGAGACAAUUGCCGUCCUUCCGCGGCUGCAGCGGCCGCAGUCCCUCUCGGAGCUCACGAGAUGUGAGGACGAUCGCUGUCGCUGAAGGGAACUUCGCCCCGAACAGGUUCCAGUUUGUCAUCAUCUUGCUUCCAAUAUCAGCAGCAGCUUUGUUCCUUGAUCAAUGUGACAGUUUGGAAAACCUUAGCAGUUGACGAAAUGAUUGAGAGUCGGGGAAAAUAUGAUUUCUAUAUUGGGCUUAUGCUGGCAAUGAGUUCCAGUCUUUUCAUUGGAGGGAGUUUCAUCCUGAAGAAAAAGGGUCUCCUUCGAUUGGCAAGAAAAGGCUCCAUGAGAGCAGGACAAGGUGGCCAUGCAUACCUUAAAGAGUGGCUAUGGUGGGCUGGACUCUUGUCAAUGGGAGCUGGCGAAGUUGUUAACUUUGCUGCAUAUGCAUUUGCACCAGCUACAUUAGUGACCCCAUUGGGAGCUCUCAGUGUUCUUGUAAGUGCCAUUCUUUCAUCAUACUUCUUAAACGAAAAGCUUAAUUUACAUGGAAAAAUUGGGUGUUUGUUAAGCAUACUUGGUUCCACUGUGAUGGUCAUUCAUGCACCUCAGGAAGAGGAAGUUGAAACGUUGAGUGAAAUCUCCCACAAGUUAGGGGAUCCAGGUUUUGUGGUCUUUGCAACACUCAUUGUCAUUGUAUCCUUGAUCAUGAUCUUUGUAGUAGGACCCCGACAUGGGCAGACCAACAUUCUUGUGUACAUAACAAUUUGCUCAGUCAUUGGAGCUUUAUCCGUAUCCUGUGUAAAAGGUUUGGGCAUUGCUAUAAAGGAACUUUUUGCAGGAAAAGCUGUGCUGAAACAUCCAUUGGCCUGGAUUUUGCUGCUAAGUCUUAUUGCUUGUGUAAGCACACAGAUUAAUUAUUUAAAUCGGGCCCUGGACAUAUUCAACACUUCUAUAGUGACACCAAUCUAUUAUGUGUUUUUCACAACAUCUGUUUUAACCUGUUCUGCGAUCCUCUUCAAGGAAUGGCAACACAUGGCAGCUGAUGACAUUAUUGGCACAUUUUGUGGCUUUAUCACUAUAAUCGUGGGGAUAUUUUUAUUGCAUGCCUUUAAGGAUGUCAAUUUUUCCCUAUCAAAUUUGCCUGUGACAUUGCAUAAAGAUAACAAAGGAAUAAAUGGCUGUGUGCCAAGCACAUAUGAACUAUUUAAUCACGAUGAAGAAAGUGCUACUCGCAUAAGUGACCUACACUCCCCUGAUGGAAUAUCUUCCAGGAGAAAUGGAAAUCUGUCAGCUUCCUAAAGAAAACAAUUCUGUAACUUUUGUUUCAUUGUGAAAAGCCAGUUUUACAACAUUUUUCAAGCAGAUAUGUUUAAAUAGUACUGUAGACAAUCAUUUUUUUUAGAUUUGACUAGCUUGGACCAAGAGCAGUGGUGGAUUUUUAUUUGCCUUACUCUUAAUUUAAAAAUACUAAAGAACCCCACUCUCUUAUUUGCUUAACUUAGUAUAAACAUGUAAAUAUUCUGUUUUUGUUUAAGACUAAUUACAGUUUUAACAAAUAAAAUGCUUUAUUUCUGAUGA